AUGGGGUUCGUGUCGAGCGUGCUGGUGGGGUUGGUGAUCGGCGUGGUCAUCAUGUACGCCUGGAACUACUUCAUGGCCGUCCGCCAGGCCAAGAGGAACACCGUGAAGAGCGAUCUGAUGGCGGUACAGGGAAUCGGGUUGAACGAGCUUAAAGCCAUCUGCGGGCCGCUCUGCCCCACCUGGGUCAAGUUCACCGAAUACGAUGAUGCGGAUUGGGUCACGCGGAUGCUAUCAGAGCUGUGGCCGCACAUCAACAAGGCGACGAGUCAGGUGGUGCGUGAGACGAUGGAGCCGAUACUGGAGGCGAACCGCCCAUCCAUCGUCUCAUCGAUGACCUUCCACAAGUUUGAACUGGGCAAGGACCGCGAGAAGGCGCCACAUGUUGAAGGCAUCAAGUUGCACAAGACGGGCGCGGACAAGGACCAGGUGAUAAUGGAUCUGCUCAUCUACUGGCAGAGCGACGCCUCCAUUGUUCUCAACAUCAAGACCGCUGCUGUCACGCUGCAAGUGCAGGUGAAGAACCUGGUGUUCCGGGCCACGCUCCGCCUCAUUUUUCAGCUGGGCGAGCAGAUGCCCUGCAUCGACGCUGUCGUUGCCUCGCUGCUGCGCAAGCCGCGUCCCACGGUGGAUUUUGUACUCAAGGCGGUGGGGGGAUCGCUGGCGGCCAUUCCAGGGCUGGAGAAGCAGAUCGACAGCACGGUGGCAUCGGUGCUGGAGUCGGUCAUAUUGUGGCCUGAGCGCAUCGUCAUCAAGCUCAACCCGGCCUUUGAUGAGAAGCUGCUGGAGAUGAAGUAUGAGGGCGAGCUGGUGGUGACGGUGGUGCGGGCAGAGGGAGUAAAGAACGUGGACACACUGGGCAAGUCGGACCCGUACACCACAAUGUGGCUCAACCCGAAGCACAUGGCCAAGACGGGCGUAUGCAAGAACAACCUCAACCCCUCGUGGAACGAGACGUUCCUGCUGCCUGUCGAUGACCCUCACACCGCCGAGCUCACCAUUAAGGUGGAGGACGAUGAUGUGAUGCAAGACUCAGAUCUGGGGUGGGCGCUGUUCCCCCUGGCGGACCUGAUGGACAAGAGCGGGCCGUACCAGGUCACCCUCGACCUGCUGCCCCACCUGCACGAUGACAAGCUGCUGGGAAAGGACCACAAGCUCGGCCGCAUCACUCUGCUGCUGGCGUAUCGUGAUUACUCUGAUGAGGAGAGGGACAGCGUGACCGCGGCAGAAAAGGCCUUGUUAAUUCUCAAAAGCGUUCCCCUUUCCUCCUUCCCCCUUUUUCCCUCUCUCUCACCCGCACUGUCCACUCAGCUGGCGUAUCGUGAUUACUCUGAUGAGGAGAGGGACAGCGUGACCGCGGCAGAAAAGGCACGUGGCCCGCGCAUAAAGGACCACAGUGUGCCGGCCGAGCAGGCCAAUGCCGCCAUGGCUGCCGCUGCUGCCGACUCCGAGAGGCGCGUGCGCGAGGCGGCUGAACGCGCCCUCAUGACCCCCAGAGCAACCAUGGCGCGGCGCUUCUUGGCGCGGUCCAUGGGUGACCUGAAGCACCGGGACAGGGAGGGCGCUCUGCAAGUGUCCAGUGACGUAGAGCCCACGGACUCGGACGCAGCAGCAGCAGGAGCGGAAGGGGAUGCUCCGCUCUCCCCUGCGCUCUCGCCGGGCCCCGAUGGGAAGCCCAAGAGGAGGAGUGGCGCCAUGGGGUUUAUAAGCAAGGUGGGGCAGAUGGGCCGGAAUGUCAAGUCUGGCAUUGAGGGGAGCCUGUCUCCCAAGUAG